AUGGCUAUUCUGAAAAAGUUUAAGGCACACAUUAAUGUUGAGUGGUGCAACAGAACAACUGCAAUAAAGUACCUCUUCAAAUACAAUACUAAAGGAGUUGAUAAGGCCACUGUAGUAAUUGAGAAGGGAAAUGAUUCCGGUUCAAGUGUCGAGGGAAAAGGUACAACCAUGAAACCGAGAAAUGAGAUACAAGAGUACCUAGAUUGCCGGUACUUAUCAGCACACGAAGCUAUGUGGAGAACUUUUGGUUACCACAUACACAAACGAAAGCCUUCCGUCCAAAAAUUAAUCAUCCAUUUGCCUGGCCAACAAAAUGUCACCUACAAAGACACAUACAAUCUAGAUAAUGUUCUGCAGAGACCGGGAAUUGAUCAAACUAUGCUCACAGAGUAUUUUGAACUAAACAAAAGAUCAGAAGAGGCCCGAAAUUGGACAUAUGUUCAAAUACCAGAAUAUUUUGUGUGGGAUCAAGCAUUGAAGAUAUGGACCGAGCGGAAAAAAGGAGAAGCCAUUGGCCGAUUAGUUACAAUACAUCCAAACUCAGGUGAUCUAUACUACUUAAGGAUAAUACUUAAUGAGGUUAAAGGAGCACAAAGUUUUGAAGAACUACGAAUAGUUAACAACUGCCUACAUCUUGAUUACAAAGCGGCUUGCUAUGCAAAAGGAUUGCUGGACAAUGACAAAGAAUGGCAUGCUGCAAUGGAAGAAACAAAUACUUGGGCAACACCGUUUCAACUACGACAGAUGUUUGUAACACUGCUCAUAUAUUGCGAGGUUGGUAACCCUAAAGAACUCUGGAAGCGUUGUUGGAAAACAUUAAGCGAGGACAUCACAUAUAGGAAACAAGCUGUUUUCACACAUAACAACCUAAACUUAGGUGAUGUUGAGCUAGAGCAAUACACAUUGAUAGAGGUGGAAAAGAUUUUGCAUCAGCACGAACGGACAUUAAAAGAGUUUACAGGGAUGCCCCAACCAGAUCCAAACCUAUUGAAAGAAGUAGGGAACACUCUAUGGAAAGAAGAAAUGAAAUACAGUACCGCAGAACAGAAUGACGAACAUGUAGCCCUAUUUAAACAGCUUAACCCAGAACAGAGAACAAUAUAUGAUGCAGUGAUGGAUUCAAUGGAAAAUCAUCGUGGUAAGCUAUUCUUCGUUUAUGGACCUGGCGGGACAGGGAAAACAUUUCUAUAUAGGACCAUUAUUUCAAAGAUACGAUCAACAAAAGGGAUUGUAUUGCCAGUGGCAUCUUCAGGGAUUGCAGCACUGCUCCUACCUGGUGGUAGAACGGCCCAUUCACGGUUCAAGAUUCCAUUUGACGUUACUGGACAAUCGGUGUGCCAUAUAAUGCCAGGUACAAUGCUUGCAGAACUAAUCAAGAAAACCGAUCUUAUCAUUUGGGAUGAAGCACCAAUGGCACAUAGACAUAUUUUUGAGGCUUUAGACAGAACUUUGAAAGAUAUAAUGGGUCAUGACAAUCCAGAAGCGAAGGAACAAACAUUCGGAGGGAAAACAGUUCUUCUAGGAGGAGAUUUCAGGCAGAUAUUACCAGCUAUACCACAAGGUACUCGGGCAGACACGGUUAUGGCAUCUAUUAGCGAAUCAUAUCUGUGGGAGUCUUGCCAAAAGUAUAUUUUGAAGAAAAAUAUGAGACUUCAAGAUUCAGAUGGUGAAUUUGCUAAUUGGGUACUAAGAGUUGGGGACGGAGACGCCCCUACAAUUCAAACCGAUCAUGACAUUUCAGAUGAUGGGCAGAUGGUGGUGGUUGACAACCAUUUUUUAAGGGUAUCCAGUGGAAACACACUUAAAGAAAUCAUUGACGCAGCAUAUGGCAAUCAUAUUGUCUCGAAAACAAACAAAGAAUACUACACAGAAAGAGCCAUACUCACUCCACGAAAUGAGACGGUUGAUGAAAUCAAUAGAUACAUGAUAUCGCAAGUACAAGGGGUGUGCAAGGAGUAUCUGAGUUCGGAUAGCUUUGGCAUAACAGAUACAAAAUCCCCACAGAACGAAACAUUGUAUGCUGUAGAAUAUCUAAACUCAUUGGAGUUUCCUGGUUUGCCAUCACAUAAGAUUUCUUUAAAAAUUGGCGUACCCAUCAUGCUGCUGAGGAAUAUCAAUCAAAAGAAAGGUUUGUGUAAUGGAACAAGGCUUAUCAUAACAUAUAUGGGUGAUCGAGUUAUUGAGGGUGAAAUAGUAACUGGGAGUCAUGUUAGUAAGAGAGUAUUGCUACCAAGAAUUAUUUUAUCCCCACCAGACACAAGGCACCCAUUCACUCUAAGAAGAAGGCAAUUCCCAAUAAGAAUCUGCUAUGCUAUGACGAUCAAUAAAAGCCAAGGACAAAGCUUAAAAUCAGUUCUGUUAUACUUACCCAAACCGGUGUUCACUCAUGGGCAAUUAUAUGUUGCUCAGUCAAGAGUAACAACAAAGAAAGGGCUAACCAUCGUACAAGAAGAAGGUUCACCAAAAGACGCCGUUAAAAACAUUGUAUACAAGGAAAUAUACAAUGGUCUCACAACCUAA